CAGUAUUCAGUCUGACUAGGAGGGUCCUCACAGGCGGGGGUAACAGAUCUCUCGGUGUCCUGGCUCCUCUCUGCAUAGACACAGACUGUUUGAAUCUGCUCUGCUGUUUCUGGUUGUGCACGGUUUUUGCUCACUUCAAGAAGGGUUACACCCGAAACAGCGACUUCACCUCCUGAUGCUGCCUGACUUGCGGUGUUUUCCCAGCCUCCUGCCUGUCUACUUCCCAGUUGCGAGCAUUUUUAAGAAGUUUUGCUGCUCCUUUGGAGUGCUGGAAAGGCGAUGGCGAAAGAUGCAGCAAGAGUGGCUCGGAUUGUCAAUGAGACUGUGGAGGAAGGCAGAAACUCUUUAGAUCUGUCAAACUGCAAACUAACCACUUUUCCAGUUGCGCUCUUCAAAGUCAUGAAGAACGUUGUGGCAAACAUUCACAUCAUUUCACUGGAAAACAAUGAACUGAAAUCUAUCUCUGGUGAAUUUAUGACCAACUUUAACCAGCUCCGUGAGUUAAACCUUGCAGGAAAUAACCUCAACCAUCUUCCUGAUGAAGUUAAAUCUUUGACACACUUGACGAGUAUUAACCUGGCAAGGAACAAAUUCUCAGUUUUUCCACACCAGCUAACUGAACUGACAACACUGGAAACAAUUAACCUGGAGGAGAAUCAGAUUGCUGAGAUACCAGUUGACAGUCUUGCCUCAAUGCCCUCCCUCAAGUCGUUGAAUAUGAAAUCCAACCCUUUCAGCAGUGAUAGCCAGAGAACUCAGCAGAGUGUGUUGACGUUUGAAUUACUCACAAGAGAUGAAUAAAUAGUUGUGGAAUAGAGGACGAAGCUUGUUUAGAGUGAACAAUACCACUGGCUCAAGGAUUUGGUCCCUGGAAAAUGGGAUAGUGACUGGCAAAAUAUGGCAUUUUACCAGAAAAUAUAGCUGAUUGAGUGAUUUGUUUGAACCAUCCAAUGUAAAUUGAGUGGUGGUUGCACUUAAGUCUUCUGGAGCCUUUAUUUAUUUAUUUGUGACAGCUUUGGUUUUUCAGAUAAAGCAAUUAAAAUUCUGCAUUCACAGUUCUUUCAGUUUUAUUUAAAAUUUCUGUUCUAUUCUGCUUUACAAGAAUUUGAUCAGAAAUUAUUUGACCUUUUGAACUAACUAUAGUGAAAAGAAUCUACAGACAAAAAUAGAAAUUGCUGGAAAACCUCAGCAGGUCUGGCAGCAUCUGUGGAGAGAAAUCAGAGUUAAAGUUUUGGUUUCCUGACCCUUCCUCAGUUCUCACCUGACCCAAAAUAUUAACUCUGAUUUCUCUGCACAGAUGCUACUAGACCUACUGAGCUUUUCCAGUAAUUUCUGUUUUUGUCUAUGAUUAACAGCGUCCGCAGUUCUUUCGGUUUCUAUUUUCUCCACAGUUGGCUGUUAUCCUGAAAAGCUUUGCUAAUUAAACAUCUUUUCUGUUGAAAUAUGAAUAACAAAUAUCACCCUGUCAGCUUCCCCUUUAAGCUGCUGAUGUAAAAUUGUUAUUGUAUGAUGGGUAAUGGUUAUGGCUUUUCAGUCAAAUUAUAUUUAAAAAGAAACACUGUGAUAAUUACAUUAAAAAACUGAUGUGUUA